AUGGCCCCCUCAAGACGUUUAGGCGGUAUCAUGAGGGCUCGCGCAUAUGCAUCGAAUGCCCACGAUGAUUUCCAUAGCUAUAGUAAUGAGGGCAGCCGCACAGUCUAUGCUCUUUCCACUCCCCCGGGCAAGUCUGCUAUUGCUGUUGUCCGAAUAACUGGUCCUCUUUGCACCCAUAUAUACCAAACUCUCUGCCCCUCCAAGCCACUACCAAAACCUCGUGCUGCUACACUGCGCACCCUUUUUCAUCCCCUAACGGCCGAAGUCCUCGACCCUUCGGCUCUUCUUCUCUACUUCCCUGGUCCAAAUUCCUUUACUGGGGAAGAUAUCCUCGAGUUACAUCUCCAUGGUGGACCAGCAGUGCUUAAAUCCGUAUUAUCGGCUUUACCAAAAUGCUCACCUUCACAUCUCUCUCUAACUCCAAAUACGCAGCAAAAUAUCAUACUUCCUGCAGAACCCGGGGAAUUCACCCGUCGAGCAUUUUACAACUCCCGCCUCUCUCUCCCGCAGAUAGAAGCACUAUCUGACCUCCUUUCGGCAGAAACUGAGUCUCAAAGGUUAUUAAGUAUACAGAGUACAACCAAAGGCGCUGAUAAGCUUUCAGAGAUGUAUGAUAAAUGGCAUCUAUCGCUACUCGCUGCAAGGGGAGAACUCGAGGCUCUUAUCGAUUUCUCAGAAGAUCAGCAAUUUGAGGAAACGCCGGAAGUGCUAUUAAAGAAUGUCAAGGAUGAGAUUGUAAGGCUGAGACGCCAGAUGGAUACAUACCUCUCCAAUGCCGUUAAAGGCGAACUACUACGAAACGGCAUUAACCUGGCACUCAUUGGACCACCAAAUGUGGGUAAAAGUAGUUUACUAAAUAGAAUUGUGGGGAGAGAGGCUGCUAUUGUUAGUUCCAAGGCUGGGACGACUAGAGAUAUUGUUGAUGUGUCUGUUGAUAUGGGUGGAUGGAUGGUGGUAUUGGGAGAUACAGCGGGAUUUAGAAACGGGGUGUUUGGAAGUGAUAUUGAUGAGAUUGAAGUUGAAGGGAUGAGAAGGGCUAGAAAGAGGGUGGAGGGUGCUGACGUGGUCGUUUUAGUAGUGUCCGUUGAGGGAGUGGGUGGAAACUUUGGGGUCGAAGUGGGACACCCUUCACUUGAGGAGGCGGUGGAAGUAAUCAGGGAAGCUAUAAAGGAUGGGAAAGAGGUCGUUGUGGCAGUUAAUAAAAUCGAUAAAUUGGAAAACGGCGAGGAAUUAGAGAGAAUCCUCGAGCUUAUUAGACAGGGACUACCUGGGUUGAAGGAAGGCAGGGUAGUGGGGAUAUCAUGCACAGGAGAAGGAUACGAAGCAACUAUUCAGCAAUUGAUGGGGACAUUGGCCAGUACUUUUAGCGAUAUGACCAGCGUGGAAGAAGGCAUGGAUGGAGCUCCGAAAAACGUUUGGAGCGAAGCCAUCGGUGCCAGUUCUAGACAGAGAGUACUUGUUGAGGAAUGCUACAGAUAUCUAGGUGAAUUUCUAUCUGGAUUGGAAGGCAACCAUGAUGCUUCAAAGACCCAUAAUAUCGGCGAGGAUAUUGAUAUCGUUCUGAAGGCAGAGAUCUUGAGGAGAGCUGCAGGCUGCAUGUCCCGAAUUAUGGGUAAAGGAGAGGGUGCAAGCACUGUUGACGAAGUCCUUGGGGUCGUCUUUGAGAAAUUCUGUGUCGGAAAAUGA